ACGGCGCGCCUCGACCGCCGCACAGGAGAGCUUGUGCCGCCGCUGCUGCUGCUGCUGGCGGAGAGUGAGAUGGCAGAGGGAGCUGGAGGCCCAUCUUAAGUAGGAGCGAGCGGAUUACUGCAGAGAAGCAGGCGAGGACUGGCUGGGAGCUGCGGCCGUACGGCACGGCUAAAGUUGCAGUCAGUGAUAUGGCCACAGCCUCCUCAAGAGCUGAAAGCAGUAAUAGCCAGAAUGGGAAAUCAGAACUGCUUGCAACUGUUUUAUGUGCCAAGCUUAAAAGGAAGAAGAACUGGUUUGGAACAUCGAUUUAUGUUGAAUUAGCUGCUGAUGGAGAAACCAAGAAAACAUCAAAAUCUAGCAGUUCUUCAAAUCCAAAGUGGGACGAACGAUUAGCAAUGAAUGUAACCCCUCAUACCAAAUUGGAUUUUAAAGUAUGGAGUCAUCACGCUAUAAAAGCAGAUGCUUUACUGGGAAAGGCCACUUUAGACUUAACACAGGCUUUGGAAUUGCACAAUAGCAAAUUGGAAAAUGUAAAAGAAGUGCUUAAGCUUACAUUAGAUGGCAAGAAUGGGGUCAUGCAAACAGGGGAGCUGACCAUUAUUCUUGAUGGCUUGACUGUUGACCAGGAAUCAUUCCCUAACUGCACUACAUCAGCAACCAAAGUUCAGCAGAAUGGCGAUGCUGUUCAUGAAAAUGAAGGUGAACCUUCUUCAAGGGCUAACACAAGUGGAACCUCCAGUGGAAGUGAUAUUCAGGCAGUGCCGUCCUCUUCAGUACAGAUGGUGCCAGACAGUCGAGUGCUCAAUGGAAACGGCGAAUUGUGUUGCAGUCAUGGAGACAAAACACCUGAAUUAACACCAGCACCCAAUCUGUCCAAUCUUGUAGUGAGUAGUACUGUGAAUGGGGAUUCUUCUCAAGUCUUGACGUCAACAGAUGGUGAUGAGUCCAUAUGCCCAGCACCUUCAGAACCUUGUGAGGCAUCUGAUUCUGGUGUUUCAUCCUUUGCAGCAGCCCCUUUAUCUGUUGCUCCUCUGGAAUGUACAUCGGAAAGUGCAGCAGCCGUGCCCACGAGCAGCUGUAACUCCACUUCAAAUGCUUUAGCUACAAAUCCCGCAAAUACAGUGACCCAAGAUUCUAGGAACAAUUCAACAGUCGAUGGAACAAAACCUAGACAGCAGCCCAACAGUAUUAAUCUGGAACCAUUACCGCCUGGGUGGGAACAAAGAAAGGAUCUCCAUGGUAGAACGUAUUAUGUUGACCAUAACACAAGAACUACAACUUGGGAAAGACCGCAGCCUUUGCCACCAGGAUGGGAAAGAAGAGUUGAUGACCGUGGAAGGAUUUACUAUGUAGAUCACAACACAAGAACGACUACGUGGCAGCGGCCCACAAUGGAGUCUGUCAGGAAUUUUGAGCAGUGGCAGUCUCAACGUAGUCAGCUACAAGGAGCUAUGCAGCAGUUUAACCAGCGGUACCUCUAUUCGGCUUCAAUGAUGUCUGCUGAGAAUGACCCUCUUGGUCCUCUACCGCCUGGAUGGGAAAGGCGAGUGGAUUCAAAUGACCGGGUUUACUUUGUAAACCACAACACGAAAACAACACAGUGGGAAGAUCCACGAACACAAGGCCUACAAAAUGAAGACCCAUUACCUGAAGGAUGGGAAAUACGAUAUACGAGAGAAGGUGUUCGAUACUUUGUAGAUCACAACACAAGAACCACCACAUUCAAUGAUCCUCGCACUGGUAAAUCCUCUGUCACAAAAGGUCCUCAGAUUGCAUAUGAGCGAAGCUUUAGAUGGAAGCUGGCUCAUUUCCGAUAUUUAUGCCAGUCUAAUGCCUUACCCAGUCAUGUGAAAAUCACAGUAUCCCGGCAGACUCUAUUUGAGGACUCCUUUCAGCAGAUCAUGGCUUUGAAACCGUAUGAUUUAAGGAGGCGAUUGUACGUAAUAUUCAGAGGAGAAGAAGGUUUGGACUAUGGGGGUCUAGCAAGAGAAUGGUUCUUCCUGCUGUCCCAUGAAGUAUUAAACCCCAUGUACUGCCUCUUUGAGUACGCUGGUAAAAACAACUACUGCCUGCAGAUCAACCCGGCCUCUACCAUCAACCCGGACCAUCUCUCCUAUUUUUGCUUCAUUGGACGCUUUAUUGCCAUGGCCCUUUUUCAUGGAAAAUUUAUUGAUACUGGGUUUUCCCUUCCAUUCUACAAACGAAUGUUGAACAAGAAGCAUACAAUCAAAGAUCUUGAGUCUAUUGACCCCGAGUUUUACAAUUCCCUUAUGUGGAUCAGGGACAAUGACAUUGAGGAAUGUGCUUUGGAAAUGUUCUUUUCAGUUGAUAUGGAAAUUCUUGGAAAAGUUACUCCACAUGAUUUGAAACCCGGUGGAGCGAAUUUACUUGUAACUGAGGAAAACAAAGAGGAAUACAUUAGCUUAAUGUCAGAAUGGAGAAUCUCUAGAGGAGUUGAAGAACAAACCAAAGCUUUCCUUGAUGGCUUUAAUGAAGUGGUGCCUCUUCAGUGGCUUCAGUACUUUGAUGAGAAAGAGUUAGAGGUUAUGCUUUGUGGUAUGCAAGAAGUUGAUCUGCAGGAUUGGCAAAGGAAUACGAUUUAUCGUCAUUACACAAGAAACAGCAAACAGAUUAUUUGGUUCUGGCAGUUUGUUAAAGAGAUGGACAACGAAGUUCGUCUCCGACUAAUGCAAUUUGUAACGGGUACCUGUCGAUUACCACUUGGUGGCUUUGCUGAGCUUAUGGGGAGCAAUGGUCCUCAGAAAUUCUGCAUUGAAAAAGUAGGCAAAGAAACUUGGUUACCCAGAAGUCAUACGUGCUUUAAUCGACUGGAUCUGCCGCCAUACAAAAGCUACGAGCAACUGAAAGAGAAGUUGCUGUUUGCCAUUGAAGAGACAGAAGGAUUUGGACAAGAGUGAGCGCACAUCAUCAUCAUGAUGCCUUCUGUCCUGACGUGUGGGUCUCAUCAAGGACAAACCUCUCGGUGACGGACCCCCCCCCCAGCCAAGUUUAGAGGGGAAAAAAAAAAUAAUAAUAAUAAUAAUAAUAUUGCACAGACUUUCUCUGAAAACUGUUGAGCAAAAUGGCCUCAAUUCUUCCAUGGAAAUAUGCAAAACCUUUUGGAUUUUGAGACGUUCAACUCAACUCCGAAUGAAAAAACGGGGAAUUUUUUUGGGGGGGAGGGACGGGGGGGGCUGGAUUUGAAAACAAAAAAGUGUUUUUAUAGCUUAAGCACCGACAGCUCUAGUUUUAUAGAGCUUUAAUACACCACCUGCUAGGCCUGGUCUUACAUGCAGUACGUAGUUGAGUGGCUGCACAAGUCCAGGAGACUCCGUGGCUUCCUGGGUUCUACUCGAUGCAACCUUACCUCUCGUUGGGAAGUCCCCGCUCCUGUUCUUCAAUUAUUUUUAUUUUUUUCCUCCUUUGCAUGGCUGACUUUAAAAGUAGUUUGAGGCUGACGCCUGUUUCUCUUGAGUAUCUUAAACCUGCUGCUGGCUUUUCUGACUCCUGAAAAAGAAACCAAGAUAAUGAACAAUAAAAGUGACAGCCAUUAAUUACGCUCGAGGACGUCCGCGGUUUGAAAGAAGACUUUCAGGUAACCGAAUCCCGAAGGAGUUGAAAACGGUGGACGGGGAGGCAUCGGUUUUUUUUUUUUUUUUGGUGGGGAGGGAUUUGUUAUUGCAGGCUCUUCGUUCUCGUGCCCUCUUUGUAAGAAACAUCUCAGACGUAACAACUGCAUCCUGUCGUCCAUAUCGCACAUUUCUCUGCUGCUUAUUGAAAUAUGUCCAUAGAUGUGUAUACUUUAUAUGAAUUCACACGACAGAGUUUAUUAUUUGCAACUAAUCUGGAUGACUUCAGAAGAAAUUGACAUUGAAAGUUGUGGACAAGCACACAGCGAUUCAGUUUAAUGGUGACGCCGCCGCCGCCACCACCACACCUUUGCAGACUUUCACUGUGUUCUCGUUUCAAUGAUUACCUCGGUCUUUCUGCUUAGGGUCACACUCCCCAUGACGCCAAGAUAUGGUGGGCACAUCACGUUUAUUAAAUGGUGUUCCUCUUGUUUUAAGGAACAGGAAUUUCCUCAAUCGGCCUACAGACGAAAAUGAAACUUCAGGUGAGAAUUUAUUUUUUUUUGGGGUUUAAUCUCAAAUCGCAUUGCGUGAUCCCCUGCACAGUAAAGUGGCAGGAACUGUGAAUUUUCAAAUCCUCCCGGUUGUAGAGUUUUAAUCCCAGCACGGGGGCGGAGGAGAGGAGGGGAUUUGGGGGGGUUUAGACGAGACGUUCUCACCGGUGCUUCCUUACCAAGUCAGACGACGAGACGAUGGGCGGACGUUUGCUUCAUCCAUGAAAAGUUGCAGGGGGUUGCAAUGGGGUUGUCAUGCUUUAUUCUUCUCUAAAAGUAUAUAUAAAUAUAUAUAUAUAAAACAUAUCAAGUGUAGCCAACACUGUAAAAAUGUAUGAUAACUUGUUACAAAAUGUAAAGAAAAUUUUGAUUUUAUUUUUACCUAAUUUCCCAGCAUAAUUCAUUUCCUUUGUUGAUAAUCCUCUAUGUUAGUAGUAAACUUUUAAGUUUUGGGUUCAGAUUUUAUCUUGCGCUCAGGAUGCUUCUUUUCUUUCCCCCUCCUUCCUCCUCCUCCUCCUCCUCUUUAGUCGGACAUUUUCCUGUGGAGAGCAUUAAUUAAUAAAUGUGAGAAAAAUGCAGACAA